CUCCCAGAUUGAUUCCCACAACUGAUCCUAAAGAUGGAAAAAGGCAGCUAAUACCACGAGAACAGGAAGGGAUGUCUGGGAGUCCGGUUAAAACAAUAGGAGGUGAGGUCAGAAAAUCAAAAGAGAGAACAGAAAUGUCUCAGAGCUCCGCUGUAACCUUAAAAAAAAUAUUCCCAGCAUCAGGAGAGAGGAAAAGCCCUGACUGGAAGAUGGAAGAACUUUCCAAAGGUAGAAAGACUCUGAAGGCCGACAUCAGGUCCAGUCAGGUAAAAAGAACAUCCUUGUUUCAUCUGAAGUUAAAAGGAGUCCAAAGCCAGCAACAGGAUCCCUUCUCUGGGCUGACUAAACAGAUUGAAGUGGUGAGCAGCAGCUUGACUGCCAGAGAUGAUCAGAUUGUCCUAACAACGGGAAGGAAUCAGAAAGCUUUAGUCAGCAUGGAACUUGCUACCAGAGAUAAUCCAAAGCAGCUGGAAAUCCACCUAGUGGAGAAAAUGCCAAGGCCAAUGUCCGUCCUGAGAGGCAGCAGCUGGAAUGAGAAGCUGGGGCAACUAGAGGCUUUGGAAAAGAAAAUGGAAGAGCAGUUGAAAGCGGAGAUCAAAAACAGUCUGGGGGCAACCGAGAUGCUAUUGGAUGAGAAGUUAGGAAGCGUCCAAACACAGUUAGAAGCCCGGCUACAAAAUCCCCUCUCGGGUCUGGAAACACAGAUUAAACAGCUGACUAAUCAGUUGUCCUCCACUGAUCAAAAAGUUUCCCAGGAAAUAGAAAAAAAGCUCCAACCUAUACACAGCAUGCAGUUUGCCAGCAGAGAUGACUUGAAGCAAUGGAAAGAUCUCCUAGAGAAGAAACUUUCGACUUCACAGCCCACUCUGGAAAUGAGUUAUUUGGAAGAGAAAUUAGAACAGCUAGAGAAAUCAGAAAAGAAAAUGGAAGAGCAGUUGAAAGCGGAGAUCAAAAACAGUCUGGGGGCAACCGAGAUGCUAUUGGAUGAGAAGUUAGGAAGCGUCCAAACACAGUUAGAAUUUCCCAGGAAAUAG